CCUCGUUGAAACUUAAACCAAUGCAUUCGCUCGAGCGGAGUCGUCCUGUCUGUUGACAGAGUACGAGCGUAGCAAAUAAGAUUAAAACCCACUUUUUAAGUCCUGGACUAAUUUGUUCGAAAACGUUAUAGCUACUCUCAGAGGCUUUUGGCGUUGUCUUUGUGUGGCUAACGUGUGUUUGGUAUCGGAGUGGAAAAGUGUGUCCACACGGAAAGGGAGGAGGAUUCAUUCUAUUCAACCUGGGCCCCCUUCAUGCAAGUUAUUGGAGUUUUUACCCUUGUAGGAUUGCCAAGAUUAGGGCGACUAAAUCGUUGGAGGCCGUAAGAAGAGGGGAUGAAAAUAUAUAUUUUUGUCAGCUUGUCUGGGUGUUGUGCGAGAAUUAAGGCAAACUGACAGGCUCAACGUUGAGCUAGUUAUCUUCUCAAAUCUGGAGGACAUAAAAAUAUAUAAAGAUCGGUUGUACCUUUUCAAGGCCACUGCUGCAGGGGCCAAAUACUUAUGGAAACACUGUCGGAGGCACCACAGGGGUGCAGUGGAUAACCAAGCUUGAGAAUGACCUGAAGACAAGUUAAAACACAAUCACCCAAAGAACUAUUGAGGGCUAGAAUGUUCAUUAAGUGUUGUGUUUAGCUUUUUUUGUUUGCUCCAUUAUUAUAUUCUUGGAAAACCUGAGGAGUAACUAAUUGGUGGAACUCUAACCUGUCCGAUCAAGUUAUUCACAGCAGUGUUCAUUUAAAAUAAUAUAUAUAUACCAACAACAACCAAAAACACCUGCGAAAAGUCUCUACGAUGGCCGCAGAAGGAUAUCAGUACAGGGCACUUUAUGAUUACAAGAAGGAGCGAGAGGAGGACAUUGACCUCCAUGUGGGGGACAUCUUAACAGUGACCAAAGGGACCCUGGUGGCCCUAGGGUACAGUGACGGCCUGGAGGAAAGGCCAGAGGACAUUGGCUGGCUGCCUGGCUUUAACGAAACCACUCAGGAAAAGGGAGACUUUCCAGGGACAUAUGUUGAGUUCAUUGGGAAGAAGAGGAUCUCUCCUCCCACUCCCAAGCCGAGACCCCCCAGACCCUUACCAGUGGCCCCGGGCUCCUCCAAGGCUGACUCUGGUGAUGAACUAGGCUCCGCCCUCCUGGACCUGACAGAGCAGUUUGCGCUCCCAGAGACAGCUCCUCCCAUGCUGGCCAAGCUGCUGGAAGCCAUCGAGAAGAAAGGUCUGGACAACCCAACGCUGUACAGGACCUUCACAGCCGAUGGUGGACUGGAUGUUAGACAGUGCUUUGACACUGAUCCUCCGUCAGCAGACCUGGACCAGAUGGACCUGCAGAUGCUGUGUGACGGUCUACGUCGGUACCUGCAGGAUCUUCCCCAGCCUGUCAUCCCACCGGCCAUCUACACUCAGCUGGUCCACACCGCCCAAGAGGUGCAGAGCCCCAAGGAGUGUGCCCAGCUGCUGCGUCGCAUCGCCAGCACGCCCAGCCUGCCAGCCCAGUACUGGCUCACCUUCCACUGCCUGCUGCGCCACUGGUCCCGAGUGUGCCACAACGCGCCCAAGAACCUGCUCAGCUCCCGUGCCCUGGGUGAGAUCUUCAGCCCCGUGCUCUUCAGACAGCAGGCUGCCAGGUGGGUGCAGGAGAGAGAGGAACUGGCACUCACAGACAGCUGCGAGCCCAGCCCGGAUGCUCACAUCAAGAUCAUUGAGACCCUUGUGACUAGCGAAUGGACAGAAGCACAGGCGGCUCCAGCCCUACCUCCCAAGCCACCAAAACCCACUCCCCCUGCUGUCACUAACAACGGUAUGAACAACAACAUGGCGCUGCAGGACGCCGAGUGGUACUGGGGAGACAUCUCCCGCGAGGAGGUCAAUGAGAAGCUGAGGGACACGGCCGACGGUACGUUCUUGGUCCGUGACGCCUCCACCAAGAUGCACGGUGACUACACGCUCACGUUGAGAAAAGGGGGUAACAAUAAGCUGAUAAAAAUAUUCCACCGGGAUGGGAAAUAUGGCUUCUCUGACCCCCUGACCUUCAACUCAGUGGUGGAGCUCAUCAACCACUACCGUAACGAGUCCCUGGCCCAGUACAAUCCCAAGCUAGACGUGAAGCUGCAGUUUCCCGUCUCCAAACACCAGCAGGAUCAGGUGGUGAAGGAGGACAAUAUUGAUGCUGUGGGGAAGAAGCUCCAUGAGUACCAUCAGCAGUACCAGGAGAAGAAUCGAGAGUAUGACCGACUCUACGAGGAGUACACCAGGACGUCCCAGGAAAUCCAAAUGAAAAGGACAGCAAUCGAAGCCUUCAAUGAAACCAUUAAGAUAUUCGAGGAGCAAUGCCAAACGCAAGAGCGGUACAGCAAGGAGUACAUUGAGAAGUUCAGGAGGGAAGGCAAUGACAAGGAGAUCCAGAGGAUCGUGGGCAACUAUGAGAAGCUAAAGUCUCGUAUCAGUGAGAUCGUGGACAGCAAGCGGCGUCUGGAGGAGGAUUUAAAGAAGCAGGCUGCUGACUACCGAGAGAUCGACAAACGGAUGAACAGCAUCAAACCCGACCUCAUCCAGCUCCGCAAAACCAGGGAUCAGUACCUCACGUGGUUGACCCAGAAGGGAGUCAGGCAGAAGAAGCUCAACGAGUGGCUAGACAUCAGAAACGAGAACACAGAAGAUCAAUACUCUAUGGUGGAUGACGAUGAGGACCUUCCUCACCACGACGAGCGCUCCUGGAAGCUGGGCAACAUCAACCGGCUGCAGGCUGAGGCCCUCCUCCGGGGGAAGAGGGACGGAACAUUCCUGGUUCGAGACAGCAGCAAGGCAGGGUGCUACGCCUGCAGUGUUGUGGUGGAAGGUGAAGUGAAGCACUGUGUCAUCAACAAGACACCCUCAGGGUUUGGCUUCGCUGAGCCUUACAACCUGUACAGCUCGCUCAAAGAACUGGUCCUCCACUACCAGCACACGUCACUGGUCCAGCACAAUGACUCUCUGAAUGUGACACUAGCACACCCCGUCUACGCACAGCAGAGGCGGUGAGGACCCUACCGGCCAUUCAGUCGGACAGAAACGUCUACUCAGACUUUGUCCUUAAGGAUUUUAAAAGCUAGGAUGUCUUGCCUACUAACAUACAUACUUUUUAUCCACAAGAGAGGAAAGGACUAAAGACAACCGCAAAACGAAGCCUGAAAACAUUUCAGCGACUGUGAGCAGUGGCGAGAGCCUGAAUGUAGUCUUGUUACUCUCGUGCUUAUUGUGGGAGCACAGAGUCAAGGCGAAACUGCUGAACUCUCUCCCUAAGUGGAGGACAUUGGAGGCCUUUUCUUAAUGGUGCUUGUUCUUUUCAAAGCUUUACCAGCUGGAAUGUCAAAAUGCAGAUAAAACUCGAGUGCAUCAUUUUUGUUUUUCUACUGUUCCUCCUCUUUUCCCCAUUUGUUUUUACUGUGUGUAUGUGUCUGAGAGUGUUUGAGAGUUAGUUUGUGCAUCCUUGUGACCAAAACUCACAGUAUCUGAAAGGUGUUGGGGAUGUCUAACACACCUGUGUGUUUAAGUGUUCAGUGACAGACUGUGGAUCAACUGAUAAAUGUAGCAAAAUGGCACUUUUGACAAAGGAUAAUUGUUUUAUUGAAAAAGACUACGGACUUGUUGAAUCAAAGGAGCAAAGGAGAUGACAAGGUGGCAAGAAUUCCGGACUUUUCCCUUGCUAACCAGUGCAGAGACUCAACUGUUCUCUACUGUGGAUGAGUGAAAAUAUGAACGGACUUAAAAUGGAAAUAAGUAUGCAUAUAUACAGAGGAGAAUGUCAGUACAAAGCGAUGAAAACCUACCAUACCAAAAAAGCUCAGUUCCUUUUCGGUUAUAUCCUAAUAUGCUAUGCAAUUCUGUCUCCCUUAUUUCUGCAAAGUUGUUUUUAUUCUGUUGCAAACCCAUAAUAUAAGCUUGUUUUUAUUGCUUGAAAAAGUGUAUUUUUCCCAUGUAAAUAUCCAAGAGGAUAUUUUGUGUCAAAAUGCCAAGAUAAAAACUGCUUCAUAUUUUUUAAGAAAGUAAAUAAUAGUAACAUACUUUAUUACAAAUUUUUAUCAGCAACUGAUAAAAUGAGUGUUUUAUUAGUACUUUUUUUGCUUCAAACUGAUAUUCUUCUCAGGCUGAGAGCCUUUUGAGUAUUUGACAGCUGCUUCAGUCACAAAUAUUUCUAGCAGAGCCACAUGUUCUAGAUCUUAGUCGAAAAACAAACAAUGGUAGCAUCCCAUAGCAUCCAACGUGGCAGCCUAUUCCUUAUUGGAUACAGGGACUAGGGUGCCAUUUGAGAGGAAGCCCAUGGCUCUUAAGUAUGUGCGCUCUUAGCAUGGAAUAAUGGGAAUAUUUGUUGAUUACUGCAGUCAUAAUGGUGCAUGUUGUACUCAACUUUUCACCCAUCUCCAUGGAAACAACAGUAUAGAUUUAUUUUGUUAUAUAACCCUUCCCCUUCACAAUGAGAUCAAAGCAAAUCUGUGUUUUUAAAUGACAAAUUGUUAUUAAAAGUAUAAAUUGGGAGACAUUUGAUCUUCCCGUAUGCUUUGUCCCUAUAGUAUUUUUUCUGUAUCAGAAAAUCUUUUGAGUGUUUAAAGGGGUGGAUCAACUCAUUUAGAAUAAUGAUUGCUUAUUAUCGUACGACUUUGUCUGCCAAUACAUAGUGGUUCUGUUACUUGGAGGAAGUACCAACAUUUUGCUGCAACCCUCUAGUAAACAGUGUCACUGCUGCAGUUUUAGUUUUCUCACCCCUUUAUUCAAAAAUUAAAAUGUCCAUGAGUGUAAAUUAGAAUUUGAAUCUGUACUACACUGUAAACAUGUAUCAAUGGAAAUUCACAGUGAUAGAUAUUGUAUGACCUAACAUGACAAAAAUAAUCUUGAUACAUUUCUUUUCAACUCCGUUAUGUCCCCGGAAUGAAGCGCGUACCACGUAUAAAUUGUCUGCCCUAAGUUGCAACACUCACUACCGAGUGCCAAACUGCCUCUGGAAGCAACACCAUCACAAUAACUGUUUUUCGGGAGCUUCAUGAAAUGGGUUUCCUUGGCCGAGCUGCCACACACAAGCCUAAGAUCACCAUGCGCAAUGCCAAGCGUCGGCUGGAGUGGUGUAAAGCUCACCGCCAUUGGAUAUUGGAGCAAUGGAAAUGCGUUUUUUUGAGUGAUGAAUCACACUUCACCAUCUGGCAGUCCGACUGGCUAAUCUGGUAUUGGCGGAUGCCAGGAGAACGCUACCUGCCCCAAUGCAUAGUACCAACUGUAAAGUUUGGUGGAGGAGGAAUAAUGGUCUGGGGCUGUUUUUCAUGCUUCGGACUAGGCCCCACAGUUCCAAUGAAUGCAAAUUGUAACGCUACAGCAUACAAAGACAUUCUAGACAAUUCUGUGUUUCCAACUUUGUGGCAAAAGUUUGGGGAAGGCCCUUUUCCUGUUUCAGCAUGACAGUACCCCCGUGCACAAAUCGAGGUCCCUACAGAAAUGAGAUUGGUGUGGAUGAACUUGACUGGCCUGCAUAGAGCCCUGACCUCAACCCCAUCGAACACCUUUGGGUUGAAUUGGAACGCCGACUGCGAGCCAGUCCUAAUCGCCCAUCAGUUUCCGACUUCACAAAUGUUCUUGUGGCUGAAUGGAAGCAACUCCCCGCAGCAAUAUUCCAACAUCUAGUGGAAAGCAGCAUGUCCACUGUUAAGCUCUGCAAUGUGGAUGUGCGUCAUUCUGAUUGGUCAAGAGUCAAUAGCUAUUUCAAAAUGUAGAAUUUUCCUUUUUACACAUUUUAAAGGAGUAGUUCACUCUUUUACAACUUUAUGUUAGACGGUUCCUCUCCCUGAAAGUAGUCUAUUGGCCAUAACAAAAAAAUGUAAUGCCCAAAUGACCUUUUAAGUAACAUCAAACCAAAUAUUGAGCUGAUUUGAAGGUUAUUUGGCCUUUUACAUUUUGUUUUUUAACAUGCUCACAUGGCCCCAUCACUUUCAUUGAUUGUUAGCUUUUUAAUGGGUGUUUAUAGAACUGAACCAUGGAUUACAGUUUCUCAUGGCCAAUAGGCUACUUUCAGCGUGAGGAAUCAUCUAACAUCCAAGUUGUAAAAUAUUGAACUACUCUUUAUAAGAUUAAUUGUCGUUAACUGUUUUUCUUUUGCUUUACUCACAUUGGUUCACUCGAGGCCAAUAACUACAGAACCAGUUAAAACAAAGCAAGUUUGGAUUCAAGCUACUAUGUCACCUCUGGGAUAAAUACCCAUUGUACAAUACAAUACCUUUUCAAGUUUGUUGUAUAAUUGUAGUUUGAUCUCAGGUGGCCCUGGUCUUGUUUGUCACUUUUGUGUCAUCUCUACGCUCUGUGUUCUUUGAAAAAAACCUGCACCGUUUUGAGGUUUAUUUUCUUUUAACCCUCAACGACUAUAUGACUUCAGUUGACAUGGUGACUGUGACAGAAAUGUUGAGAUUGAGAUUUAACAGUGUUCCCCAGUUUUGCUUCAAACCUGUAUUAGGCUUUGUUAAAAUGAAAUAAAAGUGUUUAAGAAACUA